AUGGCCGCCAGAUUCAUCCCUCAGGGCCAUGAUCCACCUAUGCUCAAGGAGGAGGUUCUUACUCUCUCGAGGACCACCUCCCAGCAGCAUAACUCUAAUGGCAGCGGCUCCCCGAUGGCCAAGAAGCAGGUCUCGUCCGCCAGGAAAAACGAUUCCAUCAAACGAAGGAACGUGGUAUUCGCAGACCCGGUGGCUUUCAGAUAUCUCGAAGAGGAGCCCAGAUGUGUGGUGAUGGAGCGGAGAGGCCUCCUCAGAGGCUACGAACUCUACCUCGUCGAACAAUGGGCGUGCUCCCGAGUCCACCCGACCUUCGUAAUCGCAACAUAUACCGGGGACUCCAACCAUGUGGCGUGGGUAGCGGUGUUGGGCGUACCGACAGACGAGGAGACGUGGUCGCCGAGGAUGCAAGCAUAUUUCAAGGCCGUAGCUCAAUACCAUGCUCGGCCCAAGGACACAUCAAUGGGAAUGCUCAUGGUUACGAAUCUCAGCGGUUUUCCCUCGGCCCUUACCGUCAUCCCCGUUCCAGAUGGAGACAUCAAGGCUCACAGAGAGGACUUUAUAGUCAAUGAGAAUCUCAAGAGGCUAGGGUGUUCCGGAAGAGCUGGUAUGAGCUUGUCUCCGCCAGCUGGAGCUACGCAUGCCAAGUUCAUACAAUUGUACAAAGCUAGCGACCGAAUCGAUUUUUACGGCGCCGUACUAGAGCUUAUCAAGAUGGCCCAGUCGGCUCUAUUUGUUUUUGGAAAGUUAGAUCAGGAGUAUGCAGAUGGCAUGCUAUGCGAUGUGACAGAGAAGGCAAUUCGCGACUGGUGGACAGAAAUUGGUUCGGAGUACUAUAACAUCGAACCUACGGAUGGGGUGCUGGGGCCAACGACUGUGGCAGCCAUGUUUGGUAUGCUGAUGGGGGCUCGAAACCGACUCAAUUGGUGGGGAGCUCCCGUUGGGAAAGAUGCCUUCGACCUUUGGAAUUUGAAAAGAGGUAUACAGCUGUUUCAAAAGUCAUCGAAGUUGGAGCGGACAGGUAAGCUGAAUCGAAAAACGCUGGAUCGUUUGCAUAGGGCCACAGCAAAAGCCGCCGCUGGCGAAGGAUGGGCUGUACCAAAAGCCGUCAAGUCAACAGUCGCCGAACUCAGUGGGAAAGGAGGUGAGAUGGUCUUAGGAAUGGUUGGAAGAGACAAGCCGGGCAUCGGAGAUAUCGAGACUCUUGAUAUUGAUCGAUUUGUCAGCCUUGUUCACGGAGAGCGCUCGAAAUGGCUCUGGCACGGCAGGCCAAAAAAACAUGGUGAAAUUGGACGAUUGACCCUCCCUGACUCAGGAAACAUGUCAUUCUCAAGGAAUGAGCACGGAGGUUAUAUAUGGUCACACAACAAGGCCGAUUCUGUUCCGUCGCAAGAAGAAGAGACGAGACGGGAGAAGGAGGAUAGCCCGCACUCCGUAUAUGGCAACAAACCUCCAGGAUCGACCGCAAGCAUGCUUGACAGCCCGAAUGAUAAAGAGCUACGGAAGACCGUUUUCAAGAGCGUGACCGGGAAGAUGAGCGAUGCCAGGUCCGGCUUUGGUCGGAUCAAGGAUGCAGUUGGACUUCGAGGUCAUAACAGCAAGCCUUCUAAGGAUGAAGGCAUCGAUGCUGGCUAUUUCAAUGGGAAUAACAGCUCCAGCACAUUCGGUCUGCCCAUCGGUACCCCAAUCAGUCCAGUAAUGAUAAAGAAAUCGUUCACCUGGAAGGACACCCCAGGUCUAUACCAUAAUGGAUUGGCCAAGGCGAAAGAGCCAACUUCGGUUCCAGUAUCAGCAGCUAUCCCGAACAUCGAAACACUAACCAAUGACUCACGGACAGACCUCCCACUUGUGAAUCUUCCGGAAGAGGAGCAGAGCAAUACGGAAGCAGAGGUGAAAUGGGCCGAGCAAGUUAGAGAGAUCCGGCGAGACGUGAUUGCGAAUGAUCCAUCGGUAGGGGGCUCUGUCUACGACGAGCAAGACCUGGAGGGACCAUUGCUGGAAGCGCUGCGCGAUCCAAACAACUUUCAGGUUCUUUUACAUCGCCGACACAGCUUUUCUGGUGGGUUUCCCAUGCUCGCGAAACGACGAAAUGAUGCGUGGUGGCCGCGACAAAUGUCGUUUACGGACGCCGAGGAUGCUAUUCUGGGUUGGGAGCCUAUCGGCAAUUUGUCUGAUGACGGCGAUGAUUCUGACACCUGGAGUGGUUUAAGGAAGCAGGAAUUGAUCGCUUCGGACUACAAGAACCUUUAUGAGAAGAUCAACAAUCUCCAAGACGAAGUAGGUCCUUGGGUGGAGGCGAAGGUGGAAAGCAUCGAGAAACUCGACAAGCAAGCAGCGACUGACCAAGAGGAGUUCGAAGCGCUCUACCACCAGUUGAUGGAACAGUACCAGGCUGUCAAGCAGAACUCCCAGGAUAUGCUUGGGCAUGAACGGUCUCAUGUCAUGGAAGCCAUCAAGGACAUUGAAGUCCUGGGCGCGAAGCUGGAAUAUGAAAUCAACGCCUUGAUUUCCAAGGUCCAAGAUGUAGAAGACGGGGUGUUGCAGUACGAGAGGCAAGUUGAUGAUUUAGAGCAACGCGCCAAGGCUCUGGAGAAACAGCUCAGCACCGAGAGCUGGGGUCACUGGCUGGUUAGGUCGAUUACGGGAAUAGGUACCGGGCCGAACAUCACAGCAGCGCGUGGGCCGAAUAACGCAGCAUCACACCGACAGCAAUGA